AUGAGGGUCUGGCCGUUGGUGCUCGCCUCAUUCUCCCUUCUUGGUCUGUCAACUCCGCUGACAAACUUCCGUUUCCACGGCAACGUCACUUGCUACCACUUUACGGAAUUCGAGUACUAUCUUGAAGCCUACGAGUUCGAUGGUCCCGAUCUUACCUACGAAGGUCGCACCGUCUUCCAAGUGAACGACUUCAUCGGAGCCUCUCAACAUUAUUCCCACAUGCAGUCCCCUUCAGAAUAUGAAUUCUUUGGGGAGCAGAACGGAGACGGCUGGUUCAAUGUGAGUGAAAUUUUGAGUCUUGAAAGCGUUGAGUGCUCUUGUUUCAGCGUGAAUACGAAAUUGUGCUGACCAUCCGCCAUACGUGCCACAACCUGUACUACAAGAGAGUCCUUUGGCAGACGGACUACUUUUAUUUUGACGAGAUCCCCAUCAUCCACCACGACAGCGAGUAAGCUACUUCCACUUCAUUCGGCAAAAUAGAACGAUUUUAUUUUCAGCGGAACCGGAAUUCCUUUCAACAUCUAUCUGAAUGGAAGUGUUCCGUCGAGCAUGACCAAGUAUGAAUACUUUUAA